GCCUCUGCCGCCGCCGCCGCUUUGUAAGAGGCACAUUGGCAGGUAACGAGCGGCGGCGGCGGCAGCGGUAGCGGCGGGUGCCGGGUCCCGAGUGCGGCGAGAGCAGCAGCGAUUUUGUAUUUUGUACAUACAUUAUUUUGUAUAUACUGUAUAUGAUGACUUCAGUGAGCAAUGAUCGUUGCCGAGGUGCUCGGGAAAAAACACAGAUUUCAGCAGCACACAUAACACAACCACAGAAACAAGUGGUACAGGCAACAGCUGAACAGCUGCGUCUCGCUCAAGUCAUCUUUGAUAAGAACGACUCAGAUUUUGAAGCUAAAGUUAAACAGCUUAUGGAAGUGACGGGAAAAAAUCAGGAUGAAUGCAUAGUGGCUCUACAUGACUGUAACGGAGAUGUGAACAAAGCUAUCAAUAUAUUGCUGGAAGGGAAUUCUGACACAACUUCAUGGGAGACUGUAGGGGGAAAGAAAAAGAAUUUUGGAAAAGAGAACUCAGAAAACAAAGAAAAUAGAGAGAAGAGAAGUGAGAGAGAAGCAACUCGUGGACGUGGCAACAACAAUCGCAAAGGAAGGGGUGGCAAUCGGGGCAGAGAGUUUAGAAGUGACGAGAAUGGAAUUGAUUGCAGCCAAGGGGACAAGCCUUCAGAUCGUGGCAAGCGAGCCCGUGGUAGAGGAGCUGGACGUGGCAGAGGUAGAGGGGCAGGAAGGUUCUCAGCUCAAAGCAUGGGGACAUUUAAUCCUGCAGACUAUUCAGAUUCUACAUCCACAGAUGGGUGUGGGACAAAGUUGGUAGUUUGGGAAGCUGCUCAGAAUGGUACAGAUGAGGGACCUGAAGUGGCAGCAAAGGCUCACAGUAUAGCUCAGAAUCUGCCAAACAAAAGUGCUUAUGGACUCAAAGCAGGUGCCUGGAAGAAUUCUGUAGAGGAUUGGACCACAGAAGACUGGACUGAAGAUCUUUCUGAAACAAAGGUCUUCACUGCUUCAUCUGCUCCAGCAGAGAAUCACAUCACACCUGGACAAAGCAUUGACCUUGUGGCCUUGCUCCAGAAACCUGUUCCUCCCAGUCAAGCCUCAGAAGCCAACUCCUUUGAAACCGCCAAGCAGCAGGGCUUUGGCCAAGCCCUUGUUUUUACAAAUUCCCAACACAAUAAUCAGAUGGCACCAGGGACUGCUAGCUCCACUGCUGCCAGCUCCUAUCCUCCUCAGAGUCUGUCAUCCGUCCUUGGCUCAGGAUUUGGAGAGCUUACACCAUCAAAAAUAGGAAGUAUCACCAGUUCCCAGGUUUUGGACAAGUUGAAACCUCCAAGUUUGACCCAGUUUACUGCCACAUCAAGUUCACAGCAGAAUAGUACCAGUCCCCCAACUACUAGUACUUCUUGGGACCUCAAGCCUUCAGCAUCCCAGUCCGCAGUCCUCAAUCAUUUUGAUUUCAAAUCUCAGCCUGAGCCAUCUCCAGUUCUUAGCCAGUUGAGCCAGCGACAGCAGCACCAGACUCAGGCAGUCAGUGUUCCCCCUCCUGGUUUGGAGUCCUUUCCUUCCCAGGCAAAACACCGAGAGUCAGCACCUGGCGAUGGUACCUCCACUGUGAAUAAACUUUUGCAGCUUCCUCACAUGGCUGUUGAAAAUAUUGCUGCAUCUUCCCACCAACUGCAGCCCAAACACAUCAAACUCCCUAAGCGGCGGAUACCUCCAGCUUCUAAGACUCCAGCUUCUGCAGUGGAAAUGCCUGGUUCAGCAGAUGUCACAGGAUUAAAUGUUCAGUUUGGGGCCCUGGAAUUUGGAUCAGAACCCUGUCUCUCUGAGUUUGGAUCAGCUUCAGCCAGUGAAGAUAGUAACCAGAUUCCCAUCAGUUUGUAUCCGAAGUCUUUAAGUGAUCCUUUGAAUACCUCUUUACCGAUGACCAGUGCUGUGCAGAACUCCACCUACACAACUUCAGUUAUUACCUCCUCCAGUCUGACCAGCUCAUCCUUGAGUUCCACUAGUCCAGUAACAACGUCUUCCUCCUAUGACCAGAGUUCUGUGCACACCAGGAUCGCAUACCAAAGCUCUGUGAGUCCACCGGCCUCAGCUCCAAGUACCAUCACAAAUGGACAUGGUGGUAGUCGAAGUCAGCACUCACUGGACAAUACUUCAUCCGUUCCAGCUCCAAAGACAACAGAUCCUCCAUCUGUGGGCUCCCUGCCCAGCACCACUUCCUGCACUGCUCUUCUACCCUCUGCAUCCCAGCACACUGCCACUUUGCCCUCCUUGUCCCAGGCUGGUGACCUGUCCAGCAGCCCCCUCUCUCAGCUUAGCAGCCACCAGAGCAACCUCUCCUCUGCACAUGCUGCACGGUCCUCAAGCACGCCACACACUCACGCUAAUGUGGAGAACACCCCUUCCUCGGCCACCUUGUCAGCAGUAACGACCUCUGCCCCAAGUGUCCCAUCCUCGGGCGUUGUUCUGCCUGGGAGCAUGAGCACCGCGAGCAACCUCUGCCUGAGCGGGACCACUGUGAGCGCACCCAGCAGCAGUGCCAGGGCCUCAUCCUUGGUGACCUCAGGCAAAGCACCCCCAAACUUGCCUCAGGGGGUGCCUCCCCUGCUGCACAACCAGUACCUCGUGGGCCCUGGAGGACUACUUCCUGCCUACCCGAUCUACGGCUAUGACGAGCUCCAGAUGCUGCAGUCACGGCUGCCAAUGGAUUACUACGGAAUUCCCUUUGCAGCACCCACAGCCCUUGCCAGCCGAGAUGGGAGCCUAGCUAAUAAUCCAUAUUCAGGUGAUGUUACGAAAUUUGGCCGAGGAGACUCUGCGUCCCCCGCGCCUCCUGCCACACCAGCUCAGGCACAACAGAGCCAAUCCCAGACCCACCACACAGCGCAGCAACCCUUUUUGAAUCCUGCUCUGCCACCUGGCUACAGCUACACUGGCCUCCCCUACUACACAGGCGUGCCCAGUGCCUUCCAGUAUGGGCCCACUAUGUUUGUCCCUCCAGCCUCAGCCAAGCAGCAUGGUGUGAGCCUCAGCACCCCUCCGGCCCCCUUCCAGCAGGCCAGUGGUUAUGGCCAGCACAGCUAUAGCACAGGUUAUGAUGACUUGACCCAGGGGACCGCAGCAGGAGACUACACCAAGGGUGCCUAUGGUGGAUCAUCGCAGGCACCAAACAAGACAAGUUCUGGGCCUGGCAAAGGAGUAUCGGUGUCUUCAGGCGCCACUGGCCUACCUGAUAUGACUGGUUCUGUUUAUAACAAGACACAGCAGACUUUUGACAAGCAGGGAUUUCAUGCAGGGACCCCUCCACCUUUCAGCUUGCCCUCUGCCUUGGGUUCCACUGGGCCCAUGGCCCCUGGAGCAGCUCCUGGCUAUGCACCCCCACCGUUCCUUCACAUCCUGCCUGCCCACCAGCAGCCUCAUUCACAGCUGCUGCACCACCAUCUGCCACAGGAUACUCAGGGUGGCUCUGGUCAGCGCAGCCAGCCCAGCUCCCUGCAACCCAAGUCUCAAGCAUCCAAACCCACCUAUGGCAACUCUCCAUACUGGACAAAUUAGACCCUGAAGAGGGUGGGCUCUGGGCAGGAGAGCACGCACGGAGCACAUUUCUGGGAGCCCGGUGCCCUUUCCUAGCAUUCUGAGACGCAAUACUGUGUCAACUGAGCCUCUUUGGGAAGCCUGCCUCCCAGACUCACUAUUGUAUGUAAUGUAUUUAUGUAUGUAUUUGUAAAUGUGACAGAAGCCUGGGGGAGUUGGGGUGUGGCUACAGAUGGCACACAAGUGUGCUGUCCCCACCCAGACACCUCCUCACUGUAGCCAGGUAAAUCCCCACCCACACCCUUUCUGCCUCUGGCCUUCCCCAUGACCCUUGCUCAUUGGGUUGCCAGGGGCAGCCAUGGAAGGACUGAUUCAAGGCCGAUUGGGUACUGGAGUCAGGUAACAAUGAAGAAUCACGGCUUAACUCACUCCUUUGUGAACCAUUGUUUUUUCCCCUCUGUAAUUACUUCAUACCUGUUUUUGAGAAACUAAUCCUUUUGUCAUCUGUCAUGGUCUCCCUUCUACCAGAUCUUAUGAUGGUCCCAUGACCAACACAGACCUGGUACCUGUUUACUCACAGAUCAGGGGCUUCUGCUUUUGGUCCUGUCCCUGGCACCUUCCCUUUCUCUGGCUAACCAUUUGAAGAAUCUGAACUAUGUCUCAGAGAUGUUCAGCCAGUCGCGCCCCAUGUGAAAAGUUAAAGAUCUGCUUCCACUUCCGUGAAAGCCCAUCCAUAGCAAAGGCUCCUCUGCGCUAGUUGUCCUGAACCAGGCAGAUAGCUGUUUCAGGGUUUCUCUUGUCCAGACUCCACCUAAUAAAGUUCCGAGAGCAUGUA